AUGCCACUGAGCCAGUGGCAAGUGUCGGUGUAUGUAGCCAUGCUGUCUGUUGGAGGGCUGCUGGGAGGUCUUGCCAGCGGACCCAUUAUGAACACCGCUGGGAGACGAGGAGUUCUCCUAGCAACAUGCGUUCCUUCCCUGCUGGGCUGGCUCAUGACAGUAACGACCACUGCAACAGGUUUGGGUUACAACUACGCUAUGGCGGUGGCAGGUCGUUUCCUGACAGGUUUGGUGGUCGGGGUGGCGAACGCUGCUGCCGUGACGUACGUGGGGGAGGUGGCGUUCUGUGACGUCAGGGGGGCGAUGUCGAGCUUCUACGAGCUGAUGUUGAAUGUGGGGAUCUUUCUGGCGAUAAUGGCGGGAGGCUGGACCCCCCUGAGGUACCUGGCACUGAUGUGCGCCUGCCCCGGGGUGGUGGGUGCCCUGCUUACCUUCUUUUGCCACGAGUCUCCCGUGUUCCUGCUCAUGAAGAACAGAGAGAGAGAAGCAAGGGCAGCACUGCAGCAUUUCCGAGGCCCGCAUUUCAAUAUCGAUGAAGAGCUGAAAGGGAUUAAGUCAUCGCUUGAAAAGAAUUCAACAGGCAAGAAAAGAAUGAUGUCUGAUUUGAAGAAACCAAGAGUUUACAAGCCGUUGAUGAUCGUUCUUCUCGUGGCACUGUUCUAUAAACUGACUGGGUGCGAAAUGGUCCAAUCUUACAUCGACAUUAUGUUUGAGGAAUCUUUGACGGGUUUAUCGUUGAAUUUGAGUAGAAACUUGGUGGUUGCGGCAGUUUUGGUAUCAGGAGUGGCAGUCACCGUAAUGGUGGAUAAAGUUGGCAGGAAAACGCUACUUGUUAUCUCGGCUGCCAUCAUGGCGCCUUGCCUUGGAAGUGUAGGAGUGUAUUUCUACCUGCUACACCUCGACCUCUGCUACACCACAACCACACUCUGGUGGCUACCGAUCACCACGUUGACCAUAUACAUGUUCGCCUUCGGUCUUGGCUUCGGUGGUAUAACCUUCGUGCUGAUGUCCGAGAUGAUGUGUGGUGAAUAUCAGGGUCUGGCGUCCGGUCUGUCCGUGAGCGUCCUGUGGGGUCUGUCAUUCCUCACACUACUCACGAACCAUGCCCUGCUUGCAGCCAUAGGAAUGCACGGCGUGUACUUUCUGUACUCGACUUUCUGUGUGCUGGCGCUGAUCUUCUCCGCUACCCUCGUCGUCGAAACCAAGGGCAGGACGAUGCACGAGAUAACUUCCCUCUUUGAUGACGAACAUGGCACUGCAUCUCAGUAUGGUGCACUGUGAAGUAAAUGGCAAGAC